UACGGAGUGAGCAAAAUUCACGGGAACACGCAGCUAAUUAGACAGAGGCCAUCAGAAUUCAUUCUCAUGUCGGAUUAUUUUGAUGCGUGCAGCCCAGUUUUAAAGGACAUAUCUGACUUCGCCAGACAAAAGCAGAAUGCACAAGAUGCGGACGCACCCCCAAUUUUCAAAAGGUUAUCUUGAGAGUAUCAUCGUUUACUACUACUAGGCCUAAUACAACAGAGGAGUUUUCCUGUCCAGUUGCUAAUAUUGAUAUUGAGUGCACCAAGGAGCAGUAUAUCGAUAUCCAUACCGUAGAGGCGUGUCACCAUAAGCGCAAUGAUUGCGGAGAUGUAAUUGAUAGGUGUGAACACGGCCAGUGCGUAACGGAUUUAGCGCGAACCAGUUGUAGCGGGGAGGACGCGUGUCAUCUAUCAGAUACAGACUUCAUUGAAAAUUGUGGUGUACAUGAUCACGAAUCAGUGACUCUUACAUAUACAUGUGUUGAUUUAAUGCUAUCGACAUCCAGAAAGCAGACCACAGUAGAGGUGACAACAGCCGAUAGAUCUACCUUCACUACCCAAAAAUACAGGCCUACAACCACUGUUGGGCAGACCACAAAUUAUGCAACUGAUGAUGGACACAAUAUGAGCACACUUAAAAUAACAUCUUCAUCUAGGAUCACUACUCAGAGUUAUACAACUAAUGAGAAAUACAACUGGACCACACUUGAAAUAAGAACAGGCGGUACAUCUUUAUCUAAGGCCACUACUGAGAGUUACUCAACCAAUAACGAGGAAGGUACCUUUCCAACGGUGUCUAACCUUCCAUGUCACUUACGUAGUAACAAUAAUAAUAAUGAGAUUAAUGCAAUCUUUGCUGAGCAGAAUGCCAACUAUGAAUAUCAAGAAAUUUGCUCGCAAGAAUAUCGCCUAGAGGUGAAUACAGCAACUACACUGCGCAUACCAGGAGGUGAAUACACUACUACACUGUACUUACCCGCUCACGUGUCCCCUGUAGAAGUUGGAUGGAUAAAUGGAAUUAUUUGGAUAAACCACGAAAGACUGAAGAAGACUUAUUUCCAGUGUGGUGCUGGGGGUUGUGAUUUGGCAGUACACCGGAGACAAACCCUACUCUUUUCCGAAGAGUGUACUGCGUUUGUUCAUCGUGCACAUGGGCCAUAA